AUGAGAGACCUUUCUCAGCCACUCCCUUGCGUUCGGCUGGCAGAACACCGCGACAAGGUGAUCCAAGCCAAGUGGCAUCCUGAUCAGCUGACCUUUGUCACCACCAGUGCCGACAAAACCAUCCUCAAUAUCUAUUCCAAUAAGGAACCUGAUUUUGCCUUAACUCUUCCAGAAAUGCAAAACUCUUAA